UUUUUAAAAAAAAAAAAAGAACAGAGGCCGGUGCGUUAAUACGCAUUUCUCUCAUUAGGGUUUAGAGGUUUCUCUUUCACUUUUCGAUCCUGCAAUAUCCCAUGGCUGCAACGGCAGUCGCUCAGCCCAGAUCCUCAAAGACCGAAUCCUAUGUCGACAAUAAGCGCAAAGAAGACAUCCGGAACGCUAACAUCGUGGCUGCCCGAGCCGUGGCGGACGCCGUUCGUACCAGUCUCGGACCGAAAGGAAUGGACAAAAUGAUUUCCACCGCAAGCGGCGAAGUCAUUAUCACCAAUGAUGGCGCUACCAUUCUCAAUAAAAUGGAGGUGCUUCAGCCAGCCGCGAAAAUGCUCGUUGAGCUUUCAAAGUCUCAGGAUGCCGCAGCUGGUGACGGCACUACUACCGUCGUUGUCAUUGCCGGUGCGCUUUUGAAACAAUGUCUCUCGCUUCUUUCUAGUGGAAUCCACCCCACGGUAAUCUCUGAUUCUCUUCAUAAAGUUUCUAUUAAAGCUAUCGAUGUAUUAACUGCCAUGGCUGUCCCUGUGGAACUAUCGGACCGUGAAUCCCUAAUUAAAUCUGCAAGUACUUCUUUGAAUAGUAAAGUAGUGAGUCAGUAUUCUACGCUUCUAGCUCCAUUAGCAGUAGAUGCGGUUCUCUCUGUUGUGGAUCCUGCCAAGCCUGAUAUGGUAGACCUAAGGGAUGUUAGAAUAGUGAAGAAGUUAGGCGGGACUGUGGAUGAUACGGAGAUGGUUAAAGGUUUAGUAUUCGAUAAGAAAGUUAGCCAUGCAGCUGGUGGACCAACACGUGUUGAGAAUGCAAAGAUUGCAGUGAUUCAGUUCCAGAUUUCACCACCAAAGACUGAUAUAGAACAGAGCAUUGUGGUUUCUGAUUACACCCAGAUGGAUAGGAUUUUAAAGGAAGAGAGGAAUUACAUUUUGAGCAUGAUUAAGAAGAUUAAGGCUGCUGGUUGCAAUGUAUUGUUGAUUCAAAAGAGCAUUUUGAGAGAUGCUGUAACAGAUUUGUCACUGCAUUACUUGGCUAAAGCUAAGAUUUUGGUAGUUAAGGAUGUAGAGAGGGAUGAGAUUGAGUUCAUAACUAAGACCUUGAACUGCUUGCCCAUUGCAAAUAUUGAACAUUUUAAGGAGGAGAAGUUGGGGUAUGCAGACCUUGUUGAAGAGGGCUCACUUGGGGAUGGCAAGAUUGUGAAGAUUACUGGGAUUAAGAAUAUGGGAAGUACUACUACAGUUCUUGUUCGGGGAUCUAAUCAGUUGGUUAUUGAUGAGGCAGAACGGAGCUUGCAUGAUGCAUUAUGUGUGGUUAGAUGUUUGGUGAAUAAGCGAUUCUUGAUUGCUGGUGGUGGGGCUCCUGAGAUUGAGCUGUCUAGGCAGCUUGGGGCAUGGGCGAAGGUGCUGCAUGGAAUGGAAGGGUACUGUGUGAAGUCUUUUGCAGAAGCACUUGAGGUCAUACCUUAUACUCUGGCAGAGAAUGCUGGUUUGAAUCCCAUUGCAAUUGUGACCGAGCUGAGGAAUAGACAUGCUCAGGGGGAGAUCAACACAGGCAUCAAUGUCAGGAAGGGGCAGAUUACAAAUAUCUUGGAGGAGAAUGUGGUGCAGCCACUGCUCGUGAGCACAAGUGCAAUUACACUCGCAACUGAGUGUGUGCGGAUGAUUUUGAAGAUUGAUGACAUUGUUACUGUCAGGUAGAUUGAAAUUGGAAAUGAAUUUGUUUGACAAGCUACAUUGGUUUCUGUACUAUGAUGAACUAGCAGUUGUUCCUUUUCUGGGAAGUUUCACAGUUAAAAGUUUUGAUGAUUCCUGUAUUUGUUUGGUUAAUCUUUUACAUGAUCUGAGUAUUGAUGACUAUGGUUUGUAACUCAUGAUAGUUGGGUUUCUAUUUUUUUCAUAUUAGUCUGAACAUUUUGGAUCAGUAAAUGAAAACCUCUUUCCAUUA